AUGGGGCUCCAGGCUGGGACAAGUUUGCUCCACCGGGAGCUUGUCCUCCUGCCCACCAUGGUGGCCAUGCUUCUCCUCUGUAACUCCCCCUUUUGUGCUGCUGCAGCCUCAGGUUUCCCCGUGGACUGCAGCCACCUCCGCAAGAACAGCCCUAGUGGGGUGUAUGUCAUCCAGCCGGCCAGGUCCCCACCGCGCGUCGUCUGGUGCGACAUGGACACCGAAGGCAAGGGCUGGACUGUUGUCCAGAGAAACUCUCAUGACACUGAGCUGACGUGGAAGCAAUCCUGGACCACCUACAAGUAUGGCUUUGGCAAUGUGCACAGUGAUUACUGGCUGGGCACUGAGUACCUGCACCUGCUGACGCAGCAGGGCACCUACAAGGUGCGCUUCGUUGUGAGGGACAAAACCAAUGUCACCCACUACGCUGAGUAUGACAUCUUCAGGGUGGAGAGCGAGGCCAGCGGGUACCCACUGAGGCUGGGACGGCAUUCUGGGGAUGGGGAUGACUACCUGACCCUCUAUCACCCCAAGAAGGGAGGGAUUCAUGACAACAUGAAGUUCAGCACGGUCGACAAGGACCAGGACCAGUACAGCGGGAACUGCGCCAAGAGCUAUGGGGGGUGGUGGUACAGCAGGUGCCAGAAUGUCCUGCUCAAUGCCAAAAACUACAUCGUUUGGCCAGGGUUCUGCGAUAACGUGACUGCGCAUCCUCCCUCAUCCUGGUCAAACCCACAGACGUGUGCUGACCAUGCUGCAUAUCCCAAAACCCCUGGAGUGUGGGGGUGCCCCCAUCCUCAGCUCAGUGUCCCAUUCCCAUGCCUGCCUAUUGCCCCAUGCCAGUCCCUGUGCACAUCCUGCACUGCCUGCAGUUCCUGCGCCCUCAACAACUGA